AGCGUAGGCGCUACCCCCACUGCUGUCGCCGCCGCCAUUUUGACGGCGGGUAGAGUCGGGGUCUGGAACAGCUGGAGGUUGUGGUGGUGACUGGUAUGGAUGGUUCCCGUCCGCGGUAGCUCCUCCAAAUUUGCCCGUCUUCGGGCCACAGCUCUCGGAAUAACUCUCCGAAAGGAAAGAUAUUUCGCGUCUGCCCUCUGCGCUAGAAAUGGCCAAUGUGCUCUGUAACAGGUCCAGACUGGUUUCCUAUCUCCCAGGAUUUUACUCUUUAGUUAAAAGAGUUGUAAACCCCAAAGCCUUUUCAACUGCAGGAUCUUCAGGUUCUGAUGAGUCUCAUGUGGCCACUGCACCUCCUGAUAUAUGCUCUCGAACAGUAUGGCCUGAUGAAACUAUGGGACCAUUUGGUCCUCAGGAUCAGAGAUUCCAGCUUCCUGGGAACAUAGGUUUUGAUUGUCACCUCAAUGGGACCAUGUCACAGAAGAAAAACCCGGUUCAUAAAACUUUACCUGAUAUUCUAGCAGAACCUUUAUCAAGUGAAAGACAUGAGUUUGUGAUGGCACAAUAUGUGAAUGAAUUUCAGGGUAAUGAUGCACCAGUUGAACAAGAAAUUAACAGUGCAGAAACUUACUUUGAAAGUGCCAAAGUAGAGUGUGCAAUUCAAACAUGUCCAGAAUUGCUGCGAAGAGAUUUUCAAUCACUGUUUCCAGAAGUGUCCACCAACAAACUAGUGAUUCUGACUGUAACACAGAAAACUAAGAAUGAUAUGACUGUUUGGAGCGAGGAAGUAGAAAAUGAAAGAGAAAUGCUUUUAGAAAAGUUCAUCAGUGGUGCUAAGGAAAUAUGCUAUGCUCUUCGAGCUGAAGGCUAUUGGGCUGACUUUAUUGACCCAUCAUCUGGUUUGGCAUUUUUUGGACCAUAUACAAACAACACUCUUUUUGAAACAGAUGAACGUUAUCGACAUUUAGGAUUCUCAGUCGAUGAUCUUGGUUGCUGUAAAGUGAUUCGUCAUAGUCUCUGGGGAACCCAUGUGUUUGUAGGAAGUAUCUUUACAAAUGCUACACCAGACAGCUAUAUUAUGAAGAAAUUAAGUGGAAACGAGCAGUAAUGUCAAUUUAUUUACUGUACUCUUUGUACUUAACAUUUGGGUGGAUCUUAACACUGUCCAAGACUUCAGUUUAUAAAAUUUAAUUAUUUUUAGGUAUUUAUUUCAACAUUUCUUUACAACAUUGGCAAGUGGUUUGUGAUUUUUUUCAAAUCUCAAAUGCUUAUUAAUAUUGGCAUUGAAUACAUGUUGAGCACAUCCACAUUGUACAGAAUGUGGUAAUUAACAUGUAACCAGGGUAUGCUCUUCUAUUGUCAUUUCUCCCUUUUAUUGAAAAAAACUUCAGUUUUAAUUAUUUUUCUCCAAAAAUAAAUCACACAUUUGGUUAUGAUGA